GCCUGCAGUGCUGCAUGCUCAUGCUAAAGAACGCCCACCAGAGGACAUGCUGCUGAGACUCCAGACUUCUAGACCCUCACCUCCUGUAGACCAGGAUCACAGCUAAAACCUGACAGUCAAAAUGGAGGACUUUGAAUACAGUGUGGAGAUCUGUGACCGCGACUGGGAAUGCUUCUUUGCAGAGUGCGAAGAGUGUAACCUGCUUCCUCCGUCAUUAGCAGGUUUGGAUGAUUCGGGGAUGAGUGACAUGGAUGAUACAGCGUCCAUACUUGCUAAGAGGGUUCAGAAAGCCACCGCAACAGCAGGCUUUUCAGAGGCUGAUCGCCCCAUUGACGGCCCCCCAGACUGUGAGGGGUCUCCUGUGGAGCAUUACCUCAGCAAACAUGGCGUCGGUGGAAUGGAGAGUGUCCUUUCGGGCAGUGAGGAGGACAUACACCUGCAGUCUGUCAAUAUGUUCUUUGAAAGGCUGAAAAAUCUCACAGAGGCUGAGAGACUUGCUGAGCCAAGCCAAGUGAAAGUUGGAAAAAACAGAGAGGCAGUACUGGAGGUGGAACAGUGUAGUGAUGGGCAACAAUCCAGCAUCAGCACUUUGCCAAAAAACAUCCCCAAGUUAAACUCUCUGUCUGCCAGGGGUGAAACAGCACUUGGCAAAGAGACCACGAGGCCUGUCGACACCAUCAGCAACAUAAACACAAUGAAAAAAGUCAAGCCUGGCUCCACCAUUUCCCCUGAACCUGCAGCCAGUACAUCGGCGCUCAAGACUAACAAAUCCGCUUACCCUGAGUUAUUCAUUAGAGAGGAAGCCUGCACAGAAACCGGAGUAAAUGAGGUAACACUGUGUAAUCAGUCUCAUGACUCACCGGAUGGGGCUGUCUGCUCAGGAACAACACCUCACACAGACAAAGUGAUGAAGAUGGAAAUGCACACACCUCUGAAGGAUGUUGAGCAAGAAUAUAUGUUGACAAGUCAGUUAACUUUCAGUGAUAAUUCACCCAGUAAUCUAGAAGCGGUGACAGAUUUUAAAUGGAAGGAAGAACAAAACCCUACAGUUUUACAGUUAGACGCAACAAGCAUAAACAAAUCACCAAGCCAAGAAUCGUCUCCAUCUGCCUCUAUCAAAAGGAAGAGAAGGAAGAAGAGACGACUCAGCUUUGAGCCAGCUGAGAGUGUGCAUGGAUAUGAACGGCAGGUUGUAGUUAAGCCAAGUGACUCAGAGGAGGAGCAGUAUACAGGGAGAGGAGGAAGCGGUCUGUGUUUAUCUGAGGAUGUGAAUUUAUUUUAUUUAAAUGAACCACAAAAAAAUCUUGUGCCCUCUUUAUAUUCAGUCACAAGGAAUCUUCCAGUGAAGCUAUCUGCCAGGGAGAUAAAAGCAAAUGAUCUUUCUCACACUGUUCCUCCAUGUGACAGUCACUACCACUAUUUACCGGAGGGCAUAGUUAGACAGGGAAGGUAUAAAGCAACAGGCUCAGCUGAAAAUAAUGCACCUGAUGAUAUGUCAGUAACCCUGUUGAGUCAACCUGAUGACAGUGUAAUGUCAGUGGCAAAGAACAGCAGUACUGUGGUAACAAAUCUACAGCCAUGUGCCAAAUUACAAUCUGAGGAAUUAACUAGACUGAAUAGAUAUUCUUGGUUGCCAGAUUCAGUACCUGCCAGUGUAAAUGGUAAAUCAGACAUGGCCAGAGAAACAACAAACACUAAAAGAAAGGACACUCAUGCAGAGAGUCUCCAACAGCCUGAUAAAGUGAAUCAUUCCAUCAUUGGUUGUGAAAAUGAACAAAAUCUAAAAAGUUGUACAGCAGAGGUCAAAUCAAUAACUCACAGCAUUUUACCAAGCCCAGAGUCAAAUGAUCCCGCUGUGGAAGUCAGCCAAAAUGACAAACUAUCCGCUGCUAAGUCAGUCCUGGCUGUAGAGGCUGGAAAUUCUGGCAGAGACAACCAUGCACUGUGUCAAAGAGAGGCUGAGCACCAACAACAACUGGAAAUUGACUGUCACGACACAGACCAAUAUAGCUCUACACUGGAAAAGAGUCAUGCCUUCAGUGCAAAAUCCCAGCAAUUCAAAACCAGAGCCUGUCCAUUCUCAGAGGAGGUUUCCAGCAAAGUGGCCUGUGUUGAAUUAACAUCAGAUUGUAUCAAUUCAUCCCCUGAUAAAAGCUGUCUUUCUGAAAGUCCCUCCAGUUCAGAUACAGUACAGCAAAAAGACUGUCUGCUGGAGGUUCAGCCUUUAUCUAAUUUAGACAUUUUAUCAGAGAAAAAUGCAACAGCUGAGAGAGCACAAUUAACAGCAUCACAAACAAUGGCUGUUUAUGGCAGUAAUCCCUGCCAAUCUGGCGAAAUUAAUUUAACAGGCAGCAGUGAGAGAGAAACCAAAUUGUCCAUGUCUGUAGACUCAAUAACAAAUCCUUCAGAUUUUACACCAAUAUCAUCCUGUUGUACUCUGGACACAGAAUCUGUCUUGUCACUCUCAAACGAAAAUAUCACAGACUUGUCAGGAAGUUUUUGUUCAUCUGUUGGUCAAAAUGACUCUGGAAGUCAAGGAGAAAAAAACCCACUCAUUUUGGCAAAACAUGAGGAAGGAGAUGCUAAAUCUGGACCCAAAAGCCAGUCUGAAUCAAAUGACUCAACAGAAUCGAAAUGUGAUCUUUUGGGUGGACCAGAAAAUGCUGUCACAGCAUCCAUGGUUGAAUGCAAACCUAUACAGGCUCCAGAUCCAAAACAUUCAGUGUUUGCCAUGUCUUCUUUUUGGAAUGAAAUGGAGAAGCUGACAAUAAAUGACAUUCUGGGUUUACGAAUGAUCAGCAAAGCUGCUACACCUAUCUCCCUCCCACCUUUGCAAGAAAGCGAGGAGACCAGCAUGAUUGCUACAACUGAUUCAGGCUUUUUUACGCAAAUUGACGAGUCCAAGCCCGAGCAAAUGAAUGAGUGCAUGUCCAGUGUUCCUAAUUCUGUAGAGUCAAUGGCAAUCGCUUCUUCCUCUUCAAGAAGUGUUAUGUGGGAAAGUGAGCCUGUCCCGGUGAGCCUAGGUACGGAUAUUUACCCUGAGAAUAUGAUGUUGACAUCUAUGAGUGACAUUUCUCAACCAGUCCUCUCUGGAGCUGUUCAAAAAAGCCUCAGAAAGAUUUCUAAAAAUGUAAGUGUGCACAAUCUACAUGCCCUUGAGUCUGAGUCUCUCAGCUCCACAUGGAGAGGCCAAACUUUACAAACCUUAGACAAAGGAGUAUCAGACCAAUAUUUUCCUGCUGAACAUACACCCAAGCAAGACAAAGUUAUGGACUCUUUACCUUCUUCUUUUACAGACAGCUACAGAGUCUCUCUUACGGAUAUAUUUCAGUACCUUUUUGGUGGAAAUCAAUCAGUACCCAGCCAAACAGCCACAGAUAACAUAACUACCUUCUACACCGAUGGAAAUUCUGUCCCUGAAACAUAUGAUCAUUUUUUCUCUGAUUUUGAUACAGAAAACUUCUUCUGCCCUCUGAUCACAGCAGAUGAUCAGGCCAAAGACGAGUUGGUUCCUAUCUUUUCCUUCUCUCGCUCUGCUAAUAGAAAUCUACAGUUCCCUGAGGCUUAUGAUUACUUCUUUGCGUCCUCUUCUUCUGAUGAUUCUUCUGUUGAAUCUGAUGAAGAAGAUAACUGCAGUCCUGUGAGGGUGGUGUCUAGGUUCAGCCGUAAGGCAAGCGCAUCUCAGAUUUCUACAGAUGUUUAUGACAAUUUCUUCACAGAUAGCGACCUCAAACAGAAUUUCUUCUGGAAAACAACAUUCUCCUUCAGGAAUAUUAAUUUUACUGCAUCUACAGUCCAGAGGCAGACUCUUUCAAACUCUCUGUCUCAUGUACCUGUGAGGCAAAGUGGCACAUCCCUUCGAAGGAGAGUUUAUUCCAAUAAUGCUUUGGGAAAUCAAGAUGUGAUGUUUCCUGAUCCUCUUCUCUACCACCUUCAGGACAGGAUCUCCAGACAACAAGCACAGCAGCCUUUCAGAUAUGAGGACUUACAGACAGCUGUUGCAAAUCCAAGGCUGGAUGCCUCCUUUCUGCCUCUCAGACAGUCAGAUAUGUGUCUAGUUUGUAUCGCAUUUGCUUCAUGGGUGCUGAAGACUGCAAACCCACAAGUUGGAGAUGCCUGGAAGGCUGUUCUCCUGGCAAACGUAAGUGCUCUGUCAGCAAUCCGAUACCUGCGGAAGUACGUCAAGACGGAGGCGGCAGCCACUUCGACAAAACUGCACACUGCCCCAUCUCAGUGUUAAUCUCUCUGCGUCACCAUUGAAAUGAUCAAUUUUCCAGUGAACGCCUGAUAUGAAUGGCUGCAGGACCCGAGUCUGUUUAGGAAAAUGACAAAUGUUUCAUGUGCUGUUAAAUGUUUGCACAAUACAUUUGCACUAAAAUCAUUUUAUUAACCUCAAGUUCCACUGACGUCUCCAAAGAAUGGUAAAGGCAGAGGGUUUCAUUUAAUAACUCUUGCUCCUUUAAGGCAAGAUGAGGCAUGUGUAUUUAUCAAAUAGAGGGUUCAGACAUUUGUAAAUAAGGUUUCAGUAAGUCAGCAGCAGGUUUACAGAGAUGUUAGAUGGAUGUGAUAAAUGGAUUAACUUGAGGCGCCCAAAGAAUUUAGGAAGGUGGUUUUUAAGUAUAUUUGUUUCAAUUACAUUACUUUUAUGUAGCAGAAACUUUUAUACAAAGAGACUGUUGAAUAUUUUCAGUAACUGGAAAUAUUUUAUAAAAUGAAUGAGAUCACAUCUGCUGCAAUAUUUUUGCGAUAUCACAAUUUAACAAAACACCCUUAACUGUAAUUGUGUAAUUCAUUUGGGGGACUGUAUUCUGAGCCAGUAUCAAAAAUCUAUUUUAUGAAGGGCAUUUUAUUUUCAUGAUGGUAAUCAUGAGGACUGUACAGUAUUUUUUGAUAUGGGUUGCUCUGUGAGCUGUUGAUUUCCUCCAGUUUAACUACAGUAAAUAGCAUUUAUGGGU